AUGGAGAGCGCCCGCGCCGCGGUGGCCAUCCCUUUGUUUAUUUCCUGGGUUUAGGAGCUUGAGGAUAGGUAGUUAUCCGGCCGGGCUGCACCCGCCUCCAUCCCCACUUACCGGGCUCCCCGAGCUGUGCGGCCCGCUUUGCGAACUCGUGUAAGAAAUGUAAACGUGGCCAAGAAGGAAAGGGUUAACGGUUGUCUUUAAAUAUUCAUGUCAUUGUUUUAAAGGUGUAAACAUGAGGCUUCUGGGUUGGAGCUGACUGCCCCUAACUAUGCACAUUUACUCCCCCCCAUUAAUUGCUCAUUCCCCGAAGCAGUUCCCCCUUCUCAAAUCUUGCAAAAACAAUGUAAGUUUUGAAGGUUCGAUGUGAGAGAGUGGUUUGUGUCCCUCGAUCCAUUUGGAAUCUUAAAACUUCUGAGUCCCUUCUGGACUCAGGGUAUUUUUUAACUUUUUUCUCCCAUAAAAGUCUGGAAAGACACAAAUUAUGUUUAAAAGGAAGUAGUCCCCGCAAUUCCACAUUCCCCUCCCCGCUUUUAUUUUCUUGGCUAGGGAUUGGAGGUAGGAAAAUAACUGAUGCCUAGUGAGUUGACUUUUUUUCCUGGUGAGAGUGAGGCCGUGUUAAAUGCGGGGUGUUUUGUGAGGAAAGGACUGAUGCUUCUGUUCCAAACCCUUCCGAGUCAAUAUUGGACUUUUCAUAACUCUAAAAUGGCUUCAAAAUGACCAUCUCCGUAACUUGUUUAACUCUCCUGCCGCUCGCCUUUUGGACAGGUUUUUUUCUUGAGGUUUUGGCGGGCCUACUCCUCUACAGUUGUAGAUUUCAGACUGAAAUCACUGCUUACCCCAAACAUGUUUUUGUAAAGACAGUUUGGAUUACUGCCCAAACUCGGACUUUGUAAGAUUCAUUUCCAGUGAGCGAUGUGCUUCCCAGGGGAUCCAAAACUCCAUAAAGGGGAAUUGUUUUCUUAAUCAUUAAUUUAUAGAAGAAACUGACCCUAAAACUUGGGGUGUCUGUCAAUCUAUGCCCAAUAAGGUAUCAAUCUGGAGGUUUGUAAACCUUGGGGCUCAUGUAAGUUUUUGGUUUAGCCCCAAAUGCUUCAAACUUAGAAGGGAUUCCAGUUCUAGGAACUAUCAGUAGUACCAAGUACCAUAAAUGCUAAUGUUGUAGAGCUGUUUAUCAUUUUUUUUCUGCAAUGAAAUAGUAAUGAGCAGUAGCAUAUUUUGUCAAUGAUGUGUGGGUACUAGUUUGUUGAGUGGGUUGUUUGCUUUCUAGGAAAUACCACUGCAUGAAAACAUCAGAGAACUUUCCACUCUCUCUUGAAAAAAAUGAGUCUUGCUGUAUUAAACAGCCAUUUCAGUUUUCAAGUUGUGUUCCUUAGUGAGGUUUCCUAUUAGUUUUAGGUCACGUUGCUUACUUCUGGCUCAGUAAAAUCAUGCUUUUCUAAAACUGAAUUUACCAUCAUGAAGGAUUUCAUUAAAUGCAUUUCCAUCAACUUGGCUUGGUAUGUGAACCAUUAAACCAGCUGAUAGGAGAGGGAGGGGAGGAGCCCAGCUGCAAGGUACUUGUGGCCAAGAACCAUGUCUACACGGGAGUCCUUUAACCCGGAAAGUUAUGAAUUGGACAAGAGCUUCCGGCUAACCAGAUUCACUGAACUGAAGGGCACUGGCUGCAAAGUGCCCCAAGAUGUCCUGCAGAAAUUGCUGGAAUCCUUACAAGAGAACCACUUCCAAGAAGAUGAGCAGUUUCUGGGGGCAGUUAUGCCAAGGCUUGGCAUUGGAAUGGAUACUUGUGUCAUUCCUUUGAGGCAUGGCGGUCUUUCCUUGGUUCAAACCACGGAUUACAUUUAUCCUAUCGUCGAUGACCCUUACAUGAUGGGCAGGAUAGCAUGUGCCAAUGUCCUCAGUGACCUCUAUGCAAUGGGGGUCACAGAAUGUGACAAUAUGCUGAUGCUCCUCGGAAUCAGCAAUAAAAUGACCGACAGGGAAAGGGAUAAAGUGAUGCCCCUAAUUAUACAGGGUUUUAAAGAUGCAGCAGAGGAGGCAGGAACGUCUGUAACAGGUGGCCAAACAGUGUUAAAUCCCUGGAUUGUUUUGGGUGGAGUGGCUACAACUGUCUGCCAGCCCAAUGAAUUUAUCAUGCCAGAUAAUGCAGUGCCAGGGGAUGUGCUUGUGCUGACGAAACCUCUGGGAACACAAGUGGCUGUGGCCGUACACCAGUGGCUGGACAUUCCUGAAAAAUGGAAUAAAAUUAAACUAGUGGUCACCCAAGAAGAUGUAGAGUUGGCAUACCAGGAGGCGAUGAUGAAUAUGGCAAGACUCAACAGAACAGCUGCAGGACUCAUGCACACGUUCAACGCCCAUGCUGCCACUGACAUCACGGGCUUUGGGAUUUUGGGUCAUGCACAGAACCUGGCCAAGCAGCAGAGGAACGAGGUGUCCUUUGUGAUUCACAACCUUCCUGUCCUGGCCAAGAUGGCUGCUGUGAGCAAGGCCUGCGGAAACAUGUUUGGCCUCAUGCAUGGGACCUGCCCCGAGACAUCAGGAGGCCUUCUUAUCUGUUUACCACGUGAGCAGGCGGCUCGGUUCUGUGCAGAGAUAAAGUCCCCCAAAUAUGGGGAAGGUCACCAAGCAUGGAUUAUUGGCAUCGUAGAAAAGGGCAAUCGCACAGCCAGGAUCAUAGACAAGCCCCGGAUCAUCGAAGUGGCACCACAAGUGGGCACUCAAAAUGUGAAUCCCACACCUGGUGCCACUUCUUAAUCUAGACAGAAAUUACUAUUUGGUUUUGUUUUUAAAUAGAUCUAUUUCCUUUUUCAUCAAUUCAAUUAAAGACUAUAAACAAUAAAAUCUCAUUGUGUCUACACAUAUGGUGACCUUAGGUCAAUUUGUGAAUGGAUGCAAUUAAUAAAAUAAAAAACAUUAACUUUUUUUCCUGUUACAUUAACUGAAGAUGCACCUAAUCUUGAGGCAGCUUCUGAGUUGAGACUUAUAUUGUUAUCCAAUACUGUUGAUUCAUUUUGAAUCUUUAGACACUUAUCUCUUGCCGCAUAGGCUCUUUUUAAAGGUGCUUUCACACAGCACAGACAUUACCAAUUGUAGUGUCAAAUAGCAGUUAGUACCUUUUCAUUUUAUGUGUAUUUAUCAUUAUCGGUCUGAUUUUUUUUAAGUGUCUAAAAUGGUAUUCUGGAAAGACAAUUGGUAAGUGACACAGUGGUAUCCCUAUAGUAAGAGGGUUGCAUGAUUCCUUCCCAGUCUUUGAUUUGUAAAGCCGAGUCUUCAAAGUCAAGAGCAUCUCUUUGAUCCUGUUCAUUUCCCAAUACUGCACUCAGUUAAACAAGGCAAGUGCUUAACUCUGCAUGGAAAGCACUUUGAAGACAAGACAUUUUUUUUUUGUAGCCUUCCUAAUAUUUACAUUAAUACCAACUUUUCUUUAUUGAUAGCAAAAGAUACUUUUUGCAAUGUAAUUAGAUGUUCUAUAGUGCAACAAGGAAUUGCCUUCCAAAAGGGGGUUCAUGUAUAAUAGUCAUUUACAAUUCAAUAUAUAAUUAAUGACACAUAAUUUUUAAAUAUAAUCAAUAAUAAAAGCUGUUCUGUGAAUGGUAGUGUUUAAUACAUUUUAUAUUUUGUAUAGUGAUUUUAGGCCUUUUGUUUUCUUAAAACCAACUAUUUAGCCUAAUUCUUAGCAUUAUUUUGUCCUUUGCGCAAGUACUUUUUUGUGCACGCUUUUUGUGAUCUGUGUUAAAAAGCUGCAUUGCCAACACUGCAGCUCAACCUUAAACUUGUUAUUCAAAUAAAUAUUUAAUUUUUUUUAUUGCUAUUGUAUAAUCAGAUGCCCCUUUUAGUGUUAUUUUAGAAGCAUUGGGAGGGCUUUGGCUAAAAUACAAUUUAUUGGGGAAAACUAGAUUUUAGUUUUAUAAAACUUUCAAGUCUUUAAUGGGACCUAUAUUUUCUUGAAUUAAAUUUUGUAGUUCUAGAAUAAAUAGGUGAUCUAAAAGGGUGUUUAUCUGUGUUACUUAAAAACAGAGGCUUCCUUACCUUUUAACCUACUAAACGAUUAGGAGGGAUCCUGUCCUUAAGCACAAGUGCACUGACUCAAGUGUCUGCCUAAGAGAAAAGCACAUCACUGCAAGUUUCUGAACACUUCCCGCUUACAGGCACCAAAGCCAAGUGAACAGAUGACCUUGCCAAAGGAAGCCACUCAGUUUGAGAACUCGGAGAUGAAGCCACUGGAAGAGGCUUUGCCUCGGAUGCAUCCUCCUUUAGGAGCCCGCCUGUGACUGGGGCUCAAGCCACAAGGUCGGUGUGCAGGACCUGGGAGGCUGCAACAGAACUGAAAGUGACUGGACAUUUGAUAGGGAUUUAUGCAGAUGCUGAUUCUCAAAAGCUACAAACCAGUGGUCUACAAAAUAAAAUGUGUUGGAACCCUCUGAGUAAAAUGAA